GUGACCCGCUUUUGGAUGCAGUGAUUAGAUGAAGGAGGGGGCAUCCGCGCUCGCUUUAGGUGUGAAGAAAAGAAACUGGUCGCUCAGUGGAAAGUGAACUGCAGUUUGGAAUGACACUGAAUGCUCCAGAGCGGCAGAGGAAAUGGCUUUCUCUCGGAUUUCAGGAUAUCCGAUGAUCACUGAUACAGUAUACACGGACACAGAGUUUUCUCAGGUCCCUUCUUCACUCUAACAGUCUCUGCAACAGAUAUGAUCCAACGACUAAACCAUUUUGGACCAUGUGGAGUAUGAUGAGAAUGAAUUGCGUUUUGUUUCUGUCUCUUCUUUUGCUUUGUGCGACGGCCAGUAAUGUAUAUGAAAGGUCCCUGGUUCCCAGGGCUGCGACCCGCUCAGUGGCCAGAAUGGAUGGCGAUAUCAUCAUUGGUGCCCUGUUUUCUGUCCACCACCAGCCAUCAGCUGAGAAUGUGGCUGAGAGAACAUGUGGUGAGGUUAGAGAGCAGUAUGGCAUUCAGCGAGUGGAAGCCAUGUUUCACACUCUGGACAGAAUUAAUGCUGACCCAAACCUUCUGCCCAACAUUACUUUGGGCUGCGAGAUCAGGGACUCAUGCUGGCACUCAUCAGUGGCAUUGGAGCAGAGCAUUGAGUUUAUAAGAGACUCCCUUAUUUCACUGCGUGAGGAUGGGGAUGGGUCAAAGUGGUGCCUUGAUGGGACUCCGUCCAGUCAGCCUGUUGCCACUAAGAAGCCCAUUGCAGGUGUGAUUGGACCUGGUUCGAGUUCAGUGGCCAUUCAAGUUCAAAACCUACUGCAGCUGUUCAACAUCCCUCAAAUUGCAUACUCAGCCACCAGCAUUGAUCUGAGUGAUAAAACCUUGUAUAAGUACUUCCUCAGGGUUGUGCCCUCUGACACUCUUCAAGCCCGGGCCCUUUUGGACAUUGUUAAACGAUAUAACUGGACAUACGUUUCAGCUGUUCACACUGAAGGAAACUAUGGUGAGAGCGGGAUGGAGGCCUUUAAGGAGCUGGCAUCUCAGGAGGGUUUGUGUAUUGCCCACUCCGACAAGAUCUACAGCAAUGCUGGUGAAAAACAUUUUGACAGGCUACUGCGAAAGCUGAGAGAACGUCUGCCCAAAGCCAGAGUGGUGGUGUGUUUCUGUGAGGGGAUGACGGUGCGUGGCCUCCUUAUGGCCAUGAGGCGUUUAGGGGUGGCUGGAGAAUUCCUCCUUAUUGGAAGUGAUGGCUGGGCAGACAGAGAUGAGGUGGUGGAGGGCUAUGAGCAGGAAGCUGUAGGUGGCAUCACCAUGAAGCUUCAGACUGAGGAGGUCACAUCCUUUGAUAAUUACUACUUGAAGCUGCGCCUCAAUACGAACACCAGGAACCCGUGGUUCGCUGAGUUCUGGCAACACCGCUUCCAAUGUCGCAUCCCAGGGCAUGCACAGGAGAACAAGAACUACAGGAAGAACUGCUCAGGUUAUGAGAGUCUAGAGGAGAACUAUGUACAAGACAGUAAGAUGGGGUUCGUCAUCAAUGCCAUCUAUGCCAUGGCUCAUGGCCUUCAUGACAUGCAUGAGCACCUGUGUCCUGGCUACGUGGGGCUUUGUGAGGCCAUGGACCCCAUUGAUGGCAGCAAACUGCUGGAGUUUCUGCUCAAGACCUCCUUCAAUGGCGUGUCUGGUGAGGACGUGUGGUUUGAUGAAAACGGGGAUUCACCAGGCAGGUAUGACAUAAUGAAUCUGCAGUAUGUGGAGCCUGGUGUGUAUGACUACAUCAAUGUGGGAUCAUGGCAUGAGGGUAUCCUGAGCAUUGAUGAUUAUAUGAUCCAGAUGAACCGGAGCGAGAUGGUCCGCUCAGUCUGCAGUGAGCCUUGCUCUAAAGGGGAGAUCAAGGUUAUUCGGAAGGGGGAGGUGAGCUGCUGCUGGAUCUGCACUGCCUGUAAAGAUAAUGAAUAUGUCCAGGAUGAGUUCACCUGCAAGGCGUGUGAGCUGGGCUGGUGGCCUGAUAAAGAGCUGCAAGGCUGUGAGCCACUUCCCCUUCAUUAUCUGAAGUGGAGUCAUGCUGAGUCCAUCGUUGCAGUGGUCUUCUCUUGCCUGGGCAUCCUAGUGACCAGUUUUGUCACAUUUGUCUUCAUUCUGUACAGAGACACCCCUGUGGUCAAAUCCUCAAGUCGAGAGCUCUGCUAUAUCAUCCUAGCUGGCAUCUUCCUUGGUUAUAUCUGCCCUUUCACGCUCAUAGCCAAGCCCACGGUGGCCUCCUGCUAUCUACAACGCCUUUUGGUGGGCCUCUCAGCCUCCAUGUGCUAUUCAGCUCUGGUCACUAAGACCAACCGCAUUGCCCGCAUCCUGGCUGGCAGUAAAAAGAAGAUCUGCACACGCAAACCACGCUUCAUGAGCGCCUGGGCUCAAGUGGUCAUCACAUUCAUCCUGAUUAGUUUACAGCUUACGCUGGAGGUCACGCUGAUCAUUCUGGAGCCCCCAUCACCCAUCAAGUCUUAUCCGAGUAUCAGGGAGGUCUAUCUCAUCUGUAACACCAGCAACAUGGGCAUGGUAGCGCCGCUCGGUUACAACGGUCUUCUAAUUCUCAGCUGCACAUACUAUGCUUUCAAAACCCGCAAUGUGCCGGCCAACUUCAACGAGGCCAAGUACAUCGCCUUCACCAUGUACACCACAUGCAUCAUCUGGCUCGCUUUUGUGCCCAUCUACUUUGGUUCCAACUACAAAAUCAUCACAACAUCAUUCUCUGUGAGCCUAAGUGUGACUGUGGCCCUGGGCUGCAUGUUCACCCCAAAGAUGUACAUCAUCAUUGCUAAACCAGAGAGAAAUGUGCGCAGCGCCUUUACCACCUCAGAUGUAGUGCGCAUGCAUGUAGGUGAUGGCAAAAUCGCAUGCAGGAGCAACAGCCUUCUCAACAUGCUAAAACGCAAAAAGAAUGCAUCUGGAAAUGCAAAUUCUAAUGGCAAGUCUGUGUCAUGGUCUGAACCAGGUUCAAGACAGCCUCCGAAAGGAGAACACAUGUGGCACAGACUGUCUGUGCAUGUGAAGAGGCAGGAAGCCGGCUCCAAUCAGACAGCUGUCAUCAAACCUCUAACUAAUACCUACCAUGACACAGGCCUGGAAUUCUCAGACCUGAGCACCAAGACUCUGUACAAUGUAGCCGAGGAGGACGAGGGUGAGCCAGUCAGAUAUAAUCCACCGGCCAGCCCUCAUCUGAUUGCUCACAGGUAUUCACCUGACAGUGAGCCUUUGAAGGAAAUGAGCACAAAGCAGGAAUUUUAUACCCCGGAGCAACACUUGCCACAGCAAACCGUUCUCCCGCAGCAGGUCAUUGCAGACCACUUACAGGACGAUACAAAUAAGCUGAAUUCCAGCAUGACUGAUCUGGACGACAUUAUUAGUUUAACUGAACCAGAAAGUGGAGUAAUGCCACCAUACCGACCCCUUAUUCUGCAGACACAGCAAGUUUCACCCAUGCAGCUGAGUCCUUACUUAAAGAAAGCAGACAUACUGUUAGAGGAGGAGGAGGAAGUAGAGAACGAGCAGUUUGGCCUUCUGCAUGGCUACAUGUACAACAAUGCACAAAUCCAUGAUGAUGAGGAGCUGGUGCAGAUUAAACUAGCAAUGGAGGACUCACUGGCUCUAAUGCCACCCUCUCCUUUCCGGGACUUAGCGGGUUCAGGCAAUCCCAUUCCCAACUCUCCAGUGUCUGAGAACAUCUUAUGCACCCCACCAAAUGUGACGUAUGCGUCUGUCAUCCUCAGAGACUACAAACAAAGCUCCUCUACCCUGUGAAUGAAGGGAAAACUUGACACUUGUAAACGAUCUGUUUUCUUUGAGAAACUGACACAAGCUGCAGAUAAAUAUUCAUUUCAUUAUCAUAAACAUUAUCACUUCAUUAUUUAUUUGCUCAUGUUUAAUUUUAACCAAUUUCCAACGGACUCUCACGAAUAUAUACCAGUGCAGCAGUAAAUAAUACAUUAAGCAUUACUCAUGAAAUGGCAAGAAUGUAGAAUAUGAGAAUGAAAUAAGGAAUGCAACUUUUCUAAGACGAGAUGUUAAACUUUAUUAUAUCAUAUUCUUAAGGCAGCAUACACUUUCUUCACUAUUUUAGUAUAAAUCAUACAUAGUAAUCUAGGUUUAAGUAGAUAUCUAAAUAUUUGAAAUAUAUAAGAUGCCUGUUGAAAUUUAGCAAAAAUGAAUCAUGUUUAACUGCCAGUGUCACAGUCAAUGUGAAGUCAUUUGUCAUGGUAUUUUUAUAGCUGUAUUUUUAAUGUACACUUUGAUGUGGGAGCUGUGCGUUUACAAUAACUGUACAUAUUAAGUUAGAUGUUAUUUAUUAAAUUAUUUUUCACAAAUAAUUGUAGAACAAAUCCAUACAUGGUACUUUAGACCGAAAACUUGACUUAAAUGGUCAUAACCUCACUAUAAAGAGAAUUUCUGCGUAUUUAGAAGCCUGACUAGUUUUUUUCUUGCAAUUCUGUACACUAUCUGUUUUAAUUUUUAAUACAUCAUGUGCUUUACAUAAUACAUGUGCUUUACAUGCAGACACUAUAGUAUACAGUACAUAAAUUAAGCACUUCUGCUCAGCAGAGCCACCGACGGCAUUUUUUCCAGAAUGUAGCUUUGAUCAAAUCUGUAUAGAUGUUCUUAGUAUCUGAUGUGUCAUAGAGUAUUGAAUAUAUAUAUAUACUAUAUAUGUAUAUAUAGUAUGUAUAUUUAUAUAUGUUAUGACCAUUUAAGUCAUACAAGUAAUGAUUAACAUUGUUUUAAAAUGUUACAUAAAUGAAUAGUACUCUCAAGUAUUCGAGUAAAUGUUAGAUAAGUAUUUAAGAUUAUUAUUAUUAUUAUUAGUGUAUAACAGGAUGUUAUUUUCUGAAUCUGUGCAAUAUUAUUCACUCUCAUCCUGCCACCUUUACAGAGUGAAAACAUACACAGUUCACACUUAAAGCCACUGUAAUUGAGAUUUGCAAUCAUGCUAACUCCUGCCAGUGAAAGAGACAACAGUCGUGUCAGACCCCACACCAUCCAUCUACACCUUCCUGCACAGAUGUGAACACACAGUAUAAUGUCUUAUGUGUCUUAUGAUGUAACAUGGUGAUCCAGAAAGUUUUGGCAGUAGUUAGCAAACUUAGUAGUACAGUAGUGCUAAGUUUGACCUUUCCUUGUCUCUGCGAUGGUAGAUUCAUGGGGAUGUGUUUUGUACCUUAAAUAGUAUAUUUCACCUAGAAAAGUGCAACAUUAAAAAUGCUUUAAGGUACAUAAAAGAUUAGUAUUCAGUAGAGCUAAUACUCUUUUUCUGUUCUAUACGCUACACCUAAGUGAAUGACAUACAAGCAGGAAAGCAAAGCAAAUCACCAAUUUCCAAGCUCUUCAAAUCUCUCAGGUUUCUCUAGUACUGAAAAGCAACAAGGAAAUGUGUGCCACUUUCCUGUUGCUUGGCCCUAUUGCUAAUUGAUGUUGUGCACUUUCAUUUUGGCAGCAUUGUUGAAACUGGUCAAUAUGUUUGAAUGUCUUUUCUUUUUGGUCUGGACAGUCAUGCUGGAUAGAGAUUUCCUUUUCAGUGCAUCAAAUUAAGUGGUAGAGUUCGUAUGUAAAAACGGUUCUUGUUUAAAAACCGAUUACCGAUUCUGAUUUAGUGAUAAGAAAAAAGAACAGUGUUAAAAAGGCAUACUGUGCUAUUAAGAUGGAUUUAAGCGUUAGCAUGCUACUGUAAGGUAAUGAUCUGAACUCAGGUCUGUUAUAGGAUUACCUCAAAGUUAGCUCACUAACCCAUAAAUCCAGCUUGGUAGUACAGUAUCUGCCUUCCUAUUACACUGUACAUAUAAAACUUAUAUAUUUCUUCAAAUAGGCAACAUAAGGACUGUAUAUUUGAGAUUUGUUUAGUUGAACCCAUGUAAGACCAUGUUUUAUUAGUUAUAAUACAUUAAAUUCUAUAUGUUUUUGUAAAAAUGUUUUCAGGUUUGCUGUUGUUAUUUGCAAGUUUUCACACAGAAAUCAUCUUAAAAUUUGAAAAUGCCCUUGUUUAUGUGCAGCUACAAUGGAGACACGGUGCAGUAAUAAUAUUUAUGCAUUUUAUUGUAUUAUUUCUAUUUUAUUACAGAGCUACACCUGCAACAGAUUUGUAUAAACACAAGGCGUGUACCUUGCACAUAUUCAAUAUUAGGAUUGUUCCAGUUUAUCUCCAGCAUAAGGGUCUUUAUACCACUAAAGUCAUCAGCAUUACUUGCUAUUAACACCUUUCUAACACAUACAUACACAUCCAAUAUAAAAGUCUGAUUGAUAAAUGAAGCAAGACAGCAAUAAGCAAGUUAAAUAAAUCUGAUCAACCUGAAGCUCUUUUUUUUAAUUCUGUAUGUUUUUUCACUAACAUGUAAUAAAUAAUAGCUCAAUCAAGGUUGUGUUUCUUGACAGAAAGACAAAAGUAAAACUCAUGACUCAUGAGAGUCAUGACACAUGAAAAUAUAUCUCUUCAUAGAUAGGAAAUAUGGCAUAUAGCAGAAGGCAAUCCUGGUCAUAUGUGGGUUUAUUUAUGUUUAUGGUAAUGAUAUUGUGGUACUUGUUUAUGAUGUAAACAAAAAAAUAUCAAUGGCAAUGUGACAAUUUUUGGUUUUGCAGUAUUUAAAGUACUAAGUUCUCCAAUAAUUGGCUUUUCAGUGUCUCAGUUUUUACUGAUUUUUACGAUGCUCACUGUUUUCUGUACACACACGUGUUUACAGUAAUUCCACUCAUUUUCUGCCGAUGAAUGAAACAGAUGCAGCAACAACACAAGAGAAACUGUACUGCAGUGUUGUGUUUGUAUAUGUGCAGUUUAUUUAACUCCACCGGGAAACUGA